AUGCCGGCCACGGUCCAACCAUCGCACGCGCCGCCACCGCAGAUCCCAGGCUUCCAGAUCCCGAACGACGAGGCGCAUUCACUCAAACAAACUGUUGCCGAACUCCUCGAACGCGACAACCUGCGCUUUCCCGGAGCGCAGCCUGUCUCAUUCGCACGCGAACAUGUUACUGAGCUUCAGCGCAACGAAUACUUCAUGUGCGAGAAGACGGAUGGCUUGCGCUGCCUCCUCUUCUUACACUGGCGGGAAGGACCAACUGGCGCUUUCGAGCCUUUGACCUUUCUGAUCGACAGGAAGAACAACUACUACAACGUCGAGCCUCCCUUUCGGAUACGUCAUUAUCUGCACCCCAACGAACCCGAGCCCUUCUUGUUCGGCACUAUCCUCGAUGGCGAGCUGGUUCACGAUCAAUACCCGGGCGAGCCUGCGCCGCGCCUCAACUUCUACGUUUUCGAUUGUCUGGCGGUGGAUGGCACAAACGUGACGGGCAGGACACUGGACAAGCGGUUGGGUCGAUUGCACGAUUGGGUCAUCAAGCCAUACGAGGCCAACUUGACGAGGACCUUUGGAAAGAACAUCACGCCAGCCGACCUCAAGCCGUUCGCUCUUAAGGGAAAGAAGACCUACUCUGCGUACAAGCUCGAGGACAUGUUCAGCAAUAUCCUUCCAAACCUCAGACACGGCAAUGACGGCCUGAUCUUCACCUGCGUGUCCACGCCCUACCAGUUUGGUACCGAUAGGCAUAUCCUCAAGUGGAAGCCUCCCCACGAGAACACCAUCGACUUCAAGCUCCGCCUUGGCGAAUUCCCAUCCAUGGACCCACAAGACGGCGAAGACGGCCUCAUUACCGACUACGAAGCAAUGCCCAGCCCCAUUCAAUUGCUCGUCCAGCACAACUCAAACCACUAUGAGGUGUUCGCCACCCUCUCUCUCACUCCAGCCGAGUGGGAGACCCUCAAAUCACUCAAUCAACGUCUCGACGGUCGUAUCAUAGAAUGUUACCGUACAGAACGCGGGCAAUGGAAAUACAAGGCGGAGGCUGAUGGUACACCACGCUGGCGAGACGACAAAAAGGACGCGAACCAUAUCAGUACAGUUAAUAGCGUGCUGGCUAGUAUCGAGGCUCCUGUAACCGAGAUGGAUUUAUUGGCCAACGCAGAAAACAUCAAGCGGGAAACUUACCGCCUGCAAGGCAAGCUGGACCAAUACCGACCUCCCCAGGACGGUGAGCGCGAGGCCAAGAAGCGGAAAUAUAGCGACUCAGGCUUGAACGGCCAAUGA